AUGGUACUCCAUCCACUUCAAGAUUUCGUGCCCAAUCUGCGUUGGCAUCCCGUUCUCCAACUGACUCGACAUCUCCCACACCGUCUUGUUCUACAUCUUGUUCAACAUCUCACAUCCGAUCCCAAUGUUGAUGUAGAAAAAUGCGAGCUUUGUGGGGACCGUGUCGACUAUUUUCUGAUUUUGGAUCACAUAGAGUCAUGUAGCUCGUCAUCAAGACCUAUCCUUCCACCAUCUACAUCUGUAUCUCAAGCACUGAUGGAUCUAAACCAGCCCGAUGACAUUGAAAGUAUUCAAGAAUGCGAGCUUUCCCCUGAGCCUUGUGUUGAAAACGAUGGCUGUUCUUUAACGUUGGACCAUGGUGGGUGCAUAGAGACCACAGUCGCGUCAUGCAGUUCCAUGCUUUCUACUGGACAUGAAUUGGAUGAUGCAAAGCCAUCCACGUCUGAUACCAGCCUGCUAGGUCACAUUUAUGAAACCUUAGAUAUAUUUGUAUUUAUUACAGAGGCUGCCAUGCAGAAAUUUGAAGGCUUCAUAAGCAAAAUAAAGAUGACCAACGGAUCGAAUGUGCUGAAACUAAGCCGACCUUACUACGUAAAGGCGGCUGUAAAUGCAUCGCAGGCAACGCAAUUCAUGGCAUCUCUCCUUUCGAAAUUCGUUGUUGUGUUUAAGGGGGAAGAAGGGGUUGACGUUGGUGGAGUCAGAAGAGAUUUUUUCUCACAUUUAUUUCAUCGAUUUGAAAAUCUUUUAAUCGAUAAUCGGGUUUAUAUGAAAGGUGAGGGUGACACUUUAAGUGAAACGGAGUAUGCUGCUGGGAUAUUUUUUGGCAUUUCUAUGGUGCAAGAAAAAAUAUAUCACCCCGCCGUUAUCGAACUUUUGAAAUCGGGUGGACUUAAAUUUGUCGAAGGAUUAAACGUGUUUGACAACCUGGGCGAAUUCCUGAAUCGUGACACUUCACUGCUCAUCCUAUUUAAAAGACAUCCACUCACAGCGGACGGAAUGAUAGCGUUGCUGAGAAGGGAUGCAAAUUUGGAUCCCAACUGUGAAAUCAUCGAAAAGAUGAACUUUCUUUUUAUUUGCAAGUUUUUCAAAGAAAUUUCCAAGGGCCUCAUAAGUAUCAACACGGCCGGCGAAAAUAAACCUAUGUGCCUUGAAGACGUCCUGCAAUUCCUCACUGGGAAAAGAAUAAUUGCACCUGGUGACGACUCAGUGAUUCAAGUGGAAUUCAUCAAAUCCACCGAAGAUGGCUUUCACCGCCCUGCGGUUUCCACUUGUGCUCAAAAAGUGACAGCCACUCUUGCAGAGGAGUAUGAAGUCAUGAGAGAUGUCUGGAUUGAGGCAGUGGCUCAGCUCAUUAUAGGCUUCACUCUUAAUUAAUAGACUUAAAAAUUCAGUGCCCCUUUACUUUUUACCUGAAUUUGUUGGGGAUCCAAGCUGGAUCCAAGUCUUUUAUUUGGCUUGUUGUUUGCUAUAAGCAACUUUCAUGUUUGAUGUCGUGUUUUAUCUUACAACUCAGUAUUGCAAUUUUAACACUUGCUGUUUCCUAGUUUUUUAAACAUCUGUAAUGUUUCAAGGUGAUAUCUUUAUUGAAAACUUUGUUGUUUUGAUAAUUUUUUUUUUGUUAUUGAAACGCGGAAAUGUA